AUGAAUCCCAAUACUGGGAAUGCUCACUUUGACGGAUUAAAUUCUAAUGACCGAAGAACCUCCUCCGGUCUUCGAAGGGAGUCAUCUCCAGCACAAACAUCUCGGAGGGGUAGUAUAGCUCAAGAUUUGAAGAAGAACCUGAGUAAUAUGAUCUUUGCUAAUGGAGCCAUUGACGAUGAUGCCAAUGAUGACGCCGAUGAAAGUGGUGGUAACGUUAGAUGGAACAAGCAAGACGAAAAUGCCAGAAGUAUGGAACGCAACCAAAAUGCCAGAAGUAUGGAACGCAACCCGAUCUCACGUAUCGCAAUUGAGGUGGAUGAUGGUAACAACAAUAUCAACAGAAUCAAUGAGUCUGAUGAGCGUAGUAUUCCUUCGUCAAUGGCAGAGAUUGUCCCUACCAACUUUGCCAAAGAAUUCGGCAAGAAUUUUGCUUCUAGAGGAUCAUCACGCUCUUCCUUCAAUACCAGAAAUGGAAACGCCCGUGAACUUUCGGAAACUUUGGUGCUAAAGCUCAUGGAGAUGAAAUUUCUCAUUUUGGCUAUAGCUUUGAAUUUACUGCUGCUAUGGGUUGCCGUCAAUAUGGGAACUGGACUUGUUCUUCCUAUUGGAUAUGACCUGAUGGGAACCAUUGGACCUGUCGUUGUUGAAAUCAGUUUGCUUCUCACCAACGUAUUAACAAUUACAGCAAUGAAUGACGCCGCCGCCGCGUAUUAUGGUUAUCUAUUCAUCAGCAAAGCUGGUUAUUCUCUAGCUGUGUGCGGAUUUGCACAAGCCGGAGCUGUGUCAAAAUGGAGUUUCUGUAACAAUCUGAGCUUGAGUUCCAAGUGUCGAAAGUUUUUGUCUAGACUUUCUUUGCUAUUCGCUCUGGCAGAAGCCCUAAAGCUCACAACCGUUAUUGCUGCCACAUCUCUCGUUUUGGAAGUUAUCAGACAAGAUGAUGGUCUAGUAGACUGCAUAACCUUUGAACAGAUCCCAGGAGACCAAUCUGACCGCACGUAUCCGACUGUGGAUUAUACUCAAGGCCUCGCAGAACUCGUGUUUGGUUCGGGAUUGGGAGUUCUUCGUUCUGAAGUGGGCGGCGUCAAUAUCACUACAUCAGUAGUAUCUCCACAGAUGCUUGGAAAUGUGGCAUCGGGUGAAACUAUGGUCGGGGAUGGAUUUGCAACGAACAUCUCCACUAGCUGUGACUGUUUUGCUGCUUCUCCAACUGGGUUUGCUUUAUCCGGAAUGACUGCUGGCAGCAUCACCUCAGCUUAUGCCCAGUAUUCAAAUAUGUCAACAAAUCGGAUAACGGGACUCGUUUCACUUGUCGAAAACACCACGACGGCGGUCACCGUAACGUCAGUAUUUUCUCCCGGGUGGCACUUAUGCGGCGGUGCAACAGAUAACCAAUACGCAGAGAUAUGUGUUACUACUCUUUCGGACCAUACUAUGGCAACAGUUGUAGUGGAAUUCAUGACUGAUGGCUAUACGGCAAGUGUAGCAACUCGUGCUGUGUCAAUUCGAGAGCUUGGAGAACCAGCAGAUAUAAAUUGGGUAGCUCAGGCUAUGAAGGCAAUACUUGGCGGAACCUUGACUUCUUUAAAUUUCAGACCUACGAUACCUGGAGCCCUAUCACCUCUACUCUGGUGGACGUCGUCGGACUUGAUGAGUCUAGAUGCAAACCUUUUAGAAGCUGGAAUGGAGACUCUAUUUGUCAUGUUCCUAAGAGCUGGUAUUCAAAGAACCUACAACUCGCAUGGCAACUCUUGUCCUCUCAAUAAGGGAGUUGUCGACAAGGUCCGUGUACGUAUGCAGCCACAGGGGGUUGACAUUGCUAUUGCUCUAUUUGCAAUACAGCUGUUCUUGCUGAUUAUAUGUAUCGUCGCAUUCUUGCCUUGGUUACUUUCUAACGUUCCAAUCGGACCCGGUGUGAGAUUUGUGCGGGAGGAGGCGUAUUUCACUACCUUGCUCACCAAAUCGCCUCACUUGACUGCCGAUAUGGUCAAUUUUGGAAAUUCUCCAACAUACUCGUUAUGGCAGAGUCUGGACCUCGUUGCAAGGAUCGGGGAAGGAAUUUCAACUCUUGAAGCAGAGAUCGGAACAAUAGUAAUCGACAGACCUAAGCAUGUUCGAGCGCUCAAGAAUGGCAGAAGGUUCAACUAG